AUGGGAAAUUAUAAAUCUAGACCAACCCAAACUUGCACUGAUGAAUGGAAGAAGAAAGUCAGUGAAUCUUAUGUUAUUAUAAUAGAAAGAUUAGAAGAUGACCUUCAAGUCGAAGAAAAAGAACUUGCAGAACUAAGGCACAUAUUUAGCUCCGAUGAUGCCUUCAGUAAAGUCAACUUAAAUUACCGCACAGAAAAUGGGCUGUCUCUACUUCAUUUAUGCUGCAUUUGUGGAGGCAACAAGUCACAUAUUAGAACCCUUAUGUUAAAAGGGCUUCGUCCAUCUCGACUGACAAGAAACGGAUUUACAGCCUUGCACUUGGCAGUUUACAAGGACAGUGCAGAAUUGAUCACUUCCCUGCUUCACAGUGGAGCUGACAUACAGCAGGUUGGGUAUGGUGGCCUCACUGCCCUACAUAUUGCUACAAUUGCUGGUCACCUGGAGGUUGCUGAUGUCCUGCUGCAACAUGGCGCAAAUGUCAAUGUUCAAGAUGCAGUUUUUUUCACUCCAUUGCACAUUGCAGCAUACUAUGGACAUGAACAGGUAACCCGCCUUCUUUUGAAAUUUGGUGCUGAUGUAAAUGUAAGUGGUGAAGUUGGAGAUAGGCCCCUCCACCUUGCAUCUGCAAAAGGAUUCUUUAAUAUUGCAAAACUCUUGAUGGAAGAAGGCAGCAAAGCAGAUGUGAAUGCUCAGGACAAUGAAGACCAUGUCCCACUGCACUUCUGUUCUCGUUUUGGACACCAUGACAUAGUGAAGUACCUGCUCCAGAGCGAUAUCGAGGUUCAGCCGCACGUUGUUAAUAUCUAUGGCGAUACCCCUUUGCACCUGGCAUGCUACAAUGGCAAAUUUGAAGUCGCCAAGGAAAUCAUCCAAAUAUCGGGGAUAGAAAGUCUGACUAAAGAAAACAUCUUCAGUGAAACACCUUUUCACAGUGCUUGUACCUAUGGUAAGAGCAUUGACCUGGUUAAAUUUCUUCUUGACCAGAAUGUUAUAAGCAUCAACCACCAAGGAAGAGAUGGGCACACAGGAUUGCACUCUGCUUGCUACCAUGGUCACAUUCGCCUGGUUCAGUUCUUACUGGAUAAUGGAGCUGAUAUGAAUCUGGUAGCUUGUGAUCCCAGCAGGUCUAGUGGUGAAAAAGAUGAGCAGACCUGUUUGAUGUGGGCUUAUGAAAAAGGACAUGAUCCGAUUGUCACACUCCUGAAGCAUUAUAAGAGACCGCAGGAUGAAUUGCCCUGUAAUGAAUAUUCUCAGCCUGGAGGAGAUGGCUCCUAUGUGUCUCUUCCAUCUCCCUUGGGGAAGAUUAAAAGCAUGACAAAAGAGAAGGCAGAUGUCCUCCUCCUAAGGGCUGGAUUACCCUCACAUUUCCAUCUUCAACUCUCAGAAAUUGAGUUCCAUGAGAUUAUCGGCUCAGGUUCUUUUGGGAAAGUAUAUAAAGGACGGUGCAGAAAUAAAAUAGUGGCUAUAAAACGUUACCGAGCCAACACCUACUGCUCCAAAUCAGACGUGGAUAUGUUUUGCCGAGAGGUAUCCAUUCUCUGCCGGCUCAAUCAUCCAUGUGUAAUUCAAUUUGUGGGUGCUUGCUUGAAUGAUCCCAGCCAGUUCGCCAUUGUCACCCAGUACAUAUCAGGGGGUUCUCUAUUCUCCCUCCUUCACGAACAGAAGAGGAUUCUUGAUUUGCAGUCUAAAUUAAUUAUUGCAGUAGAUGUUGCCAAAGGUAUGGAGUACCUUCACAACCUGACACAGCCAAUUAUACACCGUGACUUAAACAGUCACAAUAUUCUUCUCUGUGAGGACGGGCAUGCAGUGGUGGCAGAUUUUGGAGAAUCAAGAUUUCUACAGUCUCUGGAUGAAGACAACAUGACAAAACAACCUGGGAACCUCCGCUGGAUGGCCCCUGAGGUGUUCACGCAGUGCACACGUUAUACCAUCAAAGCUGACGUCUUCAGCUAUGCUCUGUGUCUCUGGGAACUUCUCACUGGUGAAAUCCCAUUUGCUCAUCUCAAGCCAGCGGCUGCCGCAGCAGACAUGGCUUACCACCAUAUCAGACCUCCCAUUGGCUAUUCCAUUCCCAAGCCCAUAUCAUCUCUGCUGAUGCGAGGGUGGAAUGCAUGUCCUGAAGGAAGACCCGAAUUUUCUGAAGUUGUUACCAAGUUAGAAGAGUGUCUCUGCAACAUUGAGCUGAUGUCUCCCACAUCAAGUAACAGCAGUGGGUCUCUGUCACCUUCCUCUUCUUCUGACUGCCUGGUGAGCCGUGGAGGGCCUGGCCGGAGCCAUGUGGCAGCUUUACGAAGUCGUUUUGAGUUGGAAUAUGCUCUAAAUGCAAGGUCCUAUGCUGCCUGGUCCCAAAGUGCUGGACAGUGUUCUUCUCAAGGCCUGUCUUUGGAGGAGAUGAAGAGGGGUCUUCAAUUAUCACCCAUUGACAAAUAUGGCUACGUGUCCGAUCCCAUGAGCCCGAUGCAUUUCCAUUCUGGCCGGAAUAGUGGCAGCUUUGAGGACAGCGGCUGA